AUGAUUCUCAGUUUCAGACAGAUGUCAAAAGCAGCAUUGCAUAGCAACCUUGGAUGCCGUUAUAUUAUUAGGGCUAGUAGUCAUAUGCUUUCAUCCUUUUUCCUCCAAUCCUUAACCAGAGUUUGACACACGUGACUCGAAUCAACCAAUAGUGCAACUCCAGUUUCAAAUGGCUCUGUCUCUUUGUCCUGAAAAUUAGGAGAUGUAAACUUUGAUAUUUUUUCGUCUAUUUAAUAAUCAAUUGUAAUUUUUUUAAUAAAUUUAUUUUUAAGACAUCGCUUAACAUGCACUUGAUACUAUUGAAGUGAUUCAUUUUAAAAUCCAGUUGAAGAUGACGUUCUUUGACGAGACCUUUAGCCUGAGGGAAAUGAUAGAUUCCGAUAUCAGGCAUUACAAAGCAGAAACUGGAGAAGGGGACAUAUCAAGCCUUGGUGCUUCCCAUUUAGAUUCUACCACUUCCCAUUCUCACCACCUAAACUCUAUUAUAGAUUCCGACCUGUCCGACGAUGGGGGAACUGGUUGGAUGGAUAGUUCACAAAUUUUCAAUACCAGUGCCGAAAUAGACGAACUAUCAUGUGUCGAUCCCCAAACUGUUCUUCCAGUUUCUAUACCUGUUUCUAUACCCUUAUCUUCCAAUGACAGUUCUAAUAUGUUAACAAGUAACAAUACUUUGACAAUUUCCACUUCCGGAAGUAUAGCUGUGACACUACCAAUUCAGGUGAUCACCUCCAAUUCUGACAUGACAGAUGCCAAUUUGAUCUCAUCAAUGCCAACUCCGUCCCCAAGUCCGCACAACAUGACUUCACAACAGCUAUUUUCUGAACACGAUACCGAUACGAGUCAAGACAGUGAUAGUCCUAAACCAAAAUUCAAAAAUAAAAACGUCAAAUCUAAUCAACAGCACAGUGUGGUCGAAAAUGCUUAUCCUAAGCCAGCAUAUUCCUACAGCUGCUUAAUAGCGAUGGCACUUAAGAAUAGCAAAACUGGAAGUCUUCCUGUCAAUGAAAUUUACGAUUUCAUGACGGAAAAUUUUCCAUACUUUAAAACAGCUCCUAAUGGGUGGAAAAAUUCUGUACGCCAUAAUCUCUCCCUCAAUAAAUGUUUUGAAAAAAUUGAAAAACCUUCUGGAAACAGUGCACAAAGAAAGGGUUAUCUUUGGGCUAUGAAUCCAGCAAAAAUUGAAAAAAUGGAAGAAGAGUUACAAAAAUGGGGAAGUAAAGACCCUGCAGCUAUUAGAAAAAGCAUGGCUAAUCCAGAGAGGUUGGAGUUGAUUGAGAAAGGGGAACUGAGAAAUGAAAGUGAUCCUGAAGUUGAAGAUAUGAAUAUUUCCCAAGUUGCAGAAGAAGAAAAGUAUACUCAUGAAGAAAAAGAGAAUGAGAUGAAAGUGCAGAAUAUGGGCAAUGAGAUGCUUAAUAAUGAUUUUCCAGCUCUUGGGGAAUCUGUCAACAUAGAUGCCUGCAUUGAUUUAGAUCUUCAGAAGGGAAUCUGGGAAGAUCUUUGUGAAGAUAGACUGCAGUUUCUCAAUGACAGUCCAUCAAGCCCUCUCUCUCCAAAAAACUCUGAAACAAUGGAAGAUGAAUUAUCAUUAGAGUCCACUCCGUCCUCACAGAAGCCCUACUUAGCCAGCUACAUAUAUAAGCGUGCAUCAGGAUCCAACAACAGAAAGUUCUCUCCCAUCAAAUCUGGACCAGGCAAGAGUCCCGCAUAACGCUAAAAAAAAUUAGUUUGUGUUUUUUUUUAUUUUAUCUUUUGCAUCUCUGCAUUUGCGACUAGAGAAUCAAUUCUCUCUUAUGCUGUUGUGUGGUGAUUCUCAAUGAGUUUUUAGAAGAAUUUCAUUACUUCUGACAGUUCAUGUCGCAUACAUUAUACAUCCACUGACUUAAUUUGCAUUUAAUGUGUAAAAAAAUUUAAAAAAUCUAUAGCAUACCUGUCUUUUAAUAUGAUUAUUAGAUGUUAUCACCUGGACCCUUUAUUGAUGACUUGAAAAUUUCAAAAAUGUGAUAACUUUUAAUUUGUAUUAUAAAAUUAACAGGAAAAAAAGCAAAUUCACUUGAAAUUGUAUCAUAAAUUGCCCAAUUUUCCUCCCUGUAUCAAAAGGUGAUUCUUUUCAACCCCUGAUUUUGAUUUAUUACUUGUUUAGAGGUUUUUAAUUUUAAAAAACGACUAAUGUAUGAAAAGAAAUGCUUUUAUUUUAUCGUUAAAAAUUUACUUUUUUUUCCUAAUAUUACCAAUAUGAUUUUUUUUAAUCCAUUUUUUGUAAAGAUGCUACUAAAGGUUUCCUAAUGAAUUAUUAUUUUUAAAAAAUAGGAUUUUGCUUUUUCCAUUUCUAUCGCAGUUUUUUAAUGUUAUCUUUUUUAUAUCAUUAAAAUAGUGUCCAAUUCCGGUUAAAUUUAACUUUAAAUUUAGAUGUUAGAAGAAUAAAUAUUUUAUAAAAGAAUGAGAUAUUUGUGUAGAAAUUUUUUAAGAGCUUUAUUUUGAUUUUUUUUACUGUAAAUAAUUACCUAUUUUAGUAUUGCCAAUUUUUGUAUAGUGUGUAGUAAAUUUUUUUUUUGUUAAAUUAUGACAGGUAUGCUGGAAAAAAUUGCUCUCUUUCUUAUAAAAGAAAAUAUAUAUAUAUUUAACAUGUACUCUAUAUACUGUUUCCCAAUAGUUAAUUUCCAUGUUUUUGACAGUAAGAACUGGAAAAACAAACAUUAAAUUUUAUUUUUAUCUAAUGGUUUUUCAUAAAAAUGUACAUACUGUUUGCACAAAAUUAAUACUAAUUGACAUUUUAUGUUAUAUUUUUAAUCCUUCCAUUUUUUGCAUUUACUCUCCAUUCAUUAUCUCUUCCAUUUUAACCCCAGUUUCAGUACUACUAUUACAUACAUCAAGCAAAAAAGGAUUCUUCUUUAUGAAGUAAUUAAUGUGUUUUGUUUAAAAGUCUGAUAUAAGUUUGUCAUCCAAUAUUUCUAGAUUUAGCCAUUUUCUUCUAGCCUUUUAAUUUUAACAUUUUAUAGGUUUCUGUGCCAUCAAAGUAUUUUUUAAUUUCGCUAAUUACUCAAUUUAAUUGCUCAGAAGCUUUUACGCAUUGCUUAUGGAAACAGCCUGUGGUUCUAUUCUUGCUGUAUCAACCUUGAGCAAAAGAUUAUGUGAGCCCCAGGAAUCUCAACACAUUGUGAUCAAUAAUUUUCUCCCUUUUAUCAAAAAUACAGCAAAAAAAAUUUUUUUUUUUAAUGGCAGGCACUUGGUUGUUGUCCCGUUGGCCACAGGAAUGCCAGAACUGCUACUCUCUUCUCGACAAAAAUUAACUUUGCUAUAAAUAUAGAAACCAGUCCUGUUUUUUUUUUUUUUUUUUUUUUUUUUUUUUUUUUUUUUUUUUUUGUAUAUUUUGUAAAGCCUCAUUUCACUUCAGGCAUUUUUUGACAGUUUGAUUUUCAUCAUAUUUUCACCUGCAUUAAUUAUUAUCCAUUUUAACAUUUCUUUUUUCCUUUAAUUUUAUUGUUAUCAAAUUGAUAAUGAUUUAAAUUUCUUUCCUAAGAUUGAGAGCUUUAUCACAUGGAAUAUUUUUCUUAUUGAUCAAGCAAACGCACAAGCAUAAAUAUUUGUGACAAAGACCUACAAGUCUUGAGUGUUUUUUUUUUGUUUUUUUCGUAUCAGUCUAUUCUUAAGUUCAGUUUUUCAGAUUGUUUUCUAACAGGAAAUUCAGUUCUAUCUUUUUUUAAAAUGUUUUUUUAGGAUUCAAUCAUUAUUUUUAAUUUUCACUGCUCACUUUAAAUAUUGUGCUAUUAAUAAUUCUAAUGCUAUUAAUAUAAAAAAGACUAAGUAAGUGCAACAACAGCUAAGUUGAUGACAUUAAGUAUCGUUAAUUGUUCAAGAGCAAUUGGCAGAAUUAUUUCUCUUUCUGAUCGUAUUUAUUUUUAAAUGCUUAUACAUAUGUGAUUAGUAUACUUAGUAUUAUAGAAAUUGAUUUCUCAUUAUCGUUGUGAAUUUUGUUGUAUAAACAUCUAAGUGUAAGUUCACAGAACAAUUUUGCGUUAUGAGCUUAGGUGAGUUGUUUUACUAAUGUUAUUUUUUUUCUUUGCUGUAAUAAAAUGAUCACUUUUAAUUAAAGUUAUCAAGUGUUCAGUUUUGUAUGAAAGUAUUAAGAAAAUAAUGAAUUUAGUAUAUUUAUCUAAUUAUUCCUAUUUUAUCUCAAGGAAUCAUUGGUUUCAUUACAAUGAAUUGGGGAAGGUAAAAGGUUUACUGCAAAUCGAAAUUUGAAUAUCAUGUCUUCUUCAAUUUCGGGGAAAAUCUUAUUAUAUAAAUGCUAGAAAUUUUGAUGCGAAUAUUUCACUUGUAGCACAAUUAAUGUCUAUUUCUGCAUUUUUUGGAAACAAACUUUUUUUUGCCUAAACCCACAAACUCUAUAUAAACUUGAAACAUUAAAAAAUAAAUUGUGAAGCAAAUUUUUUAUUUUUUUUUUCUCUCCAAAAUUUAAGGAUUUUCAAAAAUUUUUCAACUGAAAUAUUUUUCCUUUUAAUUUGUUAUUUUAAGUUAACUGCUUGUUCUCUUCUGAUAUAUAAAUGGUAUUAAAAUUGAAUCUAUAUUCUGCACCAUCUUGUAAAAUAUCUAUAGCUCAGUAUAUAAAAUUUUUAAGAUUUUUAUUCCUUUUUAGCAAAUAAUCACAAGUGUUUUUUUUAUUACUUAGAAAUCUAUUAAUUUUAAUGCAUAAGGACAUAAUAAAAGAUUACAAAAUAGUGUAUGCCACCUAAAAAUGUUUUUAUAAUGGUGUUUGGUGUAUUAACAUUUUUUUUUCCCUUAGCAAAGAGUAUUGUAUCAAGACUAAAUAAUUAUAUUUUUAAAUCUAGUUAGUUUUUAAUCUGAAACUAAAUAAGUUUAAAAAAAAUUGGUACUGAAAACCUUGGUUUGAUUUAGCUUAUAUAAAGGCCACUUUAGAAUAAUUUACAUAGAAUACCUACAUUGUUGUCUAAACACUAAAAAUUCAACUGUGCUGAAAAUUUUUAUUUAAAAACAUUAUCUGUAAUUAAUACUUUCCGAGUGGUAUGUGAUAAAAAUAAAUCAUAAGUUUUAAGACAAGUCUUGCUAGAAAAUUGUAAUUUUAUUUAUCUUUAUGUGUAACUUAAGCUUUAUAUAGAUUUAAGGAGAAAAAUAAAGCUAAUAAUUGUAUAAACAUCGCUUGAAUUAAUAUUGUUAACAAUAGUUCAUGUAAUUUCGGUUCUUAAAAGUUUGUUUUAAAUUUUAGAACAAAGCAAUAAUUUUUCUGCUUCCUCUCCUCUCUACUAAGUAUAGUAGCUUCCUCUGGGUCGUAUUGCACACUACAAUUUAACUUAACUAAUAUACAGGGUAUCUGCACACCUGUAAAGUCCAU